AUGUAUUUAUUCUGUAUUACAUUUACGAGCGACCGCGUCGGGUCACGGACUCCACUAAAGCGAGGUGGAACAAGCUAUUCGGUGCUCUAUGGAUGGGGUUCUUACGGCAGCCUACGAGCGCCCACGACGAUCGCCAGUCUAACAUCUACCUAUUGCGGCUGCCCAGCAAAGGCAGCUUGCGGCCUCCGGCGCGGCGCGAGUGGGGCCCCCACCGCGCCACGUCCGCUGCUCGGCGCGGGCCCGCCGCUCGCCGCAGCGCUCAGUGCUCGCUCCGUCGCCAUGGCCGCCACACGUCCGCUCGCGCUUCCGCUCGCCGCGCUGCUCGCCGCGCUCCUGCUCGCCGCCCUGGCGCCCGCCGACGCCGCGCCGCGCUCGCGCCGGCAGCUCGCCGACGACAACUCGCUGCAGCCGCUAGACGACGCGGCCGAUGACGAGCAGACGCGCGAGAAGCGUAAGCUGGAGGGAGUUACCCAAGCCAAGUUCGGUAUCAAAAACGCCGUGCUCGGCUUCGUGUUUGGGAAAAUCAAUUCGUUGAUCGAUGCGAAGACUCGAUUCGUGGACACGCUGGACCGGCAGAACAUCGAAUUGAACAAGCAAUACGGUAUCGAACCUCCCUCACCUGGCGGUCUCAGCUCGCUUACUGGCGUCGUCACGCAAGUCAUCGGGCCCAAACUUCAGCUGCUGGGACCUAAGAUCCAGGCCGUCACCGGUCUGAUCGGAGGACUGUCGGGAGGAUCCUCCGGCCAAGGUGGGGGCUCGAGCAGCUCCGGUGGAUCAGGAUUGGGCUCAAUACUGUCACUGGUGACGUCACUAUCUGGUUCUUCGUCCAGCGGCGGGGGCGGUGCUGCUCCCAGCGUGGAAACCGUAGACUCCUCAGAGGAAGAAUCC